AUGCACGCCGGGGAGGAGAGGGCGCGCGAGCGAGGGGAGGGCGCUCCCGAGGCGGACGAUGAGGCGGAGCCGCCGAGGACCGCCCCAGAGGUUGUCCUGAACACCAGCAUCGGCCCCUUCACCGUGGAGCUCUACUGGAAGCACGCGCCGAAGACGUGCCAGAACUUCAUCGAGCUCGCGCGCCGGGGGUACUACGACGGCGUGCCGUUCCACCGCAUCAUCGCCGGGUUCAUGAUCCAGGGCGGCGACCCCACCGGCACCGGGCGCGGGGGCGCGUCCAUCUGGGGCGGCAAGUUCGAGGACGAGAUCACCCGCGAGCUCAAACACACGGGCGCGGGGAUCAUAUGCAUGGCCAACAGCGGACCCAACACCAACGGCAGCCAGUUUUACAUCACCCUCGCCCCGACCCCGUGGCUCGACGGCAAGCACACAAUCUUCGGCAGGGUCUCCGAGGGCAUCAAGACAAUCGCGAGACUGGGAAAGGCGCGCACGGACGCGCGGGAUAAACCGGUGGAGGAGGUCAAGAUCAUCAGGUGCGAGGUGCUCGAUCACGUCCCGGCGUGGUACUGA